AACUUGUUUGCUCUCCUUCGUAAUUCCUGGUAGGUGGCUAUGGCCUGGGACCCAAGAUAAAAAUUUCAUCAACCUCCAUUUUCUCUAAAAUGGCACCGAUCGACCUCCAUUUUCUCCAACCUCCAUUUUCUCCGAUUGCCCUUGCCUGACCUCCAUUUUCUCCAAAAUUACCACACCAAGAUCUGCCACCAACCCUGUUUUCACCUUCAUUCCAUCCUCACCCAUGUUGGAAAAGCUAAGGUUGGGGCCUCUUGGGUUUUGUGGGUUUUCUGGUUUUGGGGAUUUUCAGAUCUAGGUUUUGAGGAGGAGAGUUAGCAGUAAAACAAAAUGGUAGAAAGGGAUGGAUUUAAGUAGAAUUUGAUUGAAGAACAAAAAGAAGAAAUCCCCUCCACAUUCAUUUCAGAUCUGGGGAGAAAGAGGGUUGGAUUUUAGGGAUUUUGAUUUGGGUUUUGAUGAGUCGGAAACUGGUAAACCUCCUCAUUCUUUUUUUCUGCUCACAUUCAUUUUAAAACUGGCAUUGAUUGUUCUUCGCAAGCAUGACUAUUGUUACCGUUGUAAUUUUCAUAAUUGAUACAAAGGAUUUCACCUUUGAAUUGUUCCUUGCUGGAAAUUUCUUUUUGAUUCUUUGUGAGUUGUUGGAAAUGUCUAACGGGUGCUCCAAAAAGGAUGGAUUGUGGGCAGCAACAGGCAACGUGCGGCGCUUUUUUGGUUGGAUGUUUGCUUCUUACAUUAAUGGCAGCAAGAUUAAGAAACCCAGCAGUCUCUAGAGUUGAAGAAGAUGGAGAAGUUUAGUGGCUGGGUGUGUAACGGAGACAGUCAGUGUGCCUAACAGACACCAUUAGUGUGUGACUAGAUGUGCAAAGCGAGAGGGUUCUUUUCCCACUUUCUGCUUCUGUGAAUCUGAAUUCACUUGCGGGAGAUAUUUUAAAGUUAUUAUCUACAGAAGGCAUCGGAUAUGCGUCAUCAACAGUUGCUUCGUCAGAGUACAGACUCAGUGACGGCACUGCAAGCUCCUUAUGGGGAUCUAUUAUAAUGUAUGGAAAUGGCCAAGGCUGCUGAUUUGAUUGCUUUUGUGGCAUCGGCAAACUCUUUAUGUGAAGAGGGUGCAUCUGACCUUUUUGAUUCAUUUGGAAAUCAAUGCCUUUCUGUAUUUAGGUCUAUUGGCCUGCCCAGCACUGCUCUUUUAAUUCAUGAUCUACCUUCUGAGCUUAAAAGGAGAAAUGAGUUUAAAAAGUUGUGUACUUCUAGCCUUGCUUCUGAAUUUCCUGAGGAUUGUAAGUUCUAUUCAGCAGACACAAGGGAUGAUUUGCACAAGUUUAUGUGGCUUUUUAAGGAGCAGGGGCUCACAGCACCUCACUGGCGAAAUCCGUGUCCUUACCUCAUUGCACAAGAGGUUGUUACAGUACCUGAUGAUUCCAGUCUAGGAAAGAGUACUCUUCUUCUCACUGGUUAUAUGCAUGCACACAGCCUCUCAGUGAAUCAGUUGGUCCAUGUUUCUGGUGCGGGGAUUUUCAGCUGUCCAAAAUUGAAAUUCUAAAAGAUCCAUUUCCUCUGAAUGCAAGAAAAUAACAGGAUGCUAUGGAUUCUGAUGAAUUAAAAGAUGCUAAGGUGUUUGAUCAUUUCCUUUAAUAUGAGCAAAGGAAUUGAAACUGUGAGAUUGAUCAUGACCAACAAAUUCUGUUCCUCUCCUCGGCUGCUUCAUGUUUCCUACAGAAUGUUCUCGAUAGCAUUGGGCCUUGAAUUUAUGUGUUAUUAAUUCUUUUCCUUGUAUCCUGAAUACCGUUUCUACCCUAUCAGUGGACAUGACAUCAG